UCGCCUUCUACGGCUAGCACAGCCCCUUGGCAAAGGCCUUCUGCAGAGGCUUCUGUUAAAUCUUUGUGCACAUAGUGUUACUAGGGCCACUUUGGUAAAGCUGUUGCUUGAUAUGAUUAGAUCCGAAGUUGAAGGCUCAAGUAAUGCUUUGUCAGCAAUUAAUUCCCAAAUGCUUUAUGGUUGCCAUUCAAUGUUGUUUAUGUCGGUCACAGUUGUUGACGGUCUUCCACCUCUUGUACUACGUCGUGUUCUUGAGAUUUUGACUUAUUUGGCUACAAAUCAUUCUGCCGUUGCAAAUGUGUUGUUCCACUAUGAUCCUUCAAUUCUUUCUGAGCCUUUUAGCCCGAAAAACUCGGAAGCCAAGAAAGGCAAGGAGAAAAUUAUGGAUGGAGAUGCAUCAAAACCCUUAGGAAACACUCAGGGGGAUAUUCCUUUAAUAUUAUUUCUUAAGCUCUUGAACCAGCCGCUGUUUUUUCUCAGCACUGCACAUCUCGAGCAGGCAGUUGUGGGCUUGCUUCAAAACCUGCUUAGCAAUGAAGCUUCUGGCAAUGCUGGCAAGGGCCUCCGUUUGACAGAACCAGAGUCUAACCAAGAGAAGUGGACCAAUGCUGAAUCCUCUGGAUCCAGUGGCAAUAAAAUGUGGAUUUUUAUAAUAUUUUCUUGA